AGCGGAAAGGGCGGACAGAAGACCAGCGGUGGGCAGGUGGGGGACGCGCAGGAGGCGGAGCUUGGCGGGGAGUCACAGAUGCCAGGAAGUAUGGCCCCUCUCAGGAAGCCUCGAAAUACAAGGUUGCCCCUGGCUUUAAACCCCUUGAAGAGCAAAGACGUGUUGGCAGUGCUGGCUGAAAGGAAUCAGGCUGUAGUACCAGUUGGGGCAUGGGUGGAACCUGCCUCUCCACAUAGUUCGGAAAUCCCAGCAUAUACUUUAGCAUGUAAGAUUGAAGAAGAACUAAAGGAACAGCUAAGGAAAAAACAAGAAGCUUUGAAGCAUUUUCAGAGACAAGUCAAAUACCGAGUAAAUCAACAAGUUAGACUGAGAAAAAAGCAACAAUUUCAGAGGAUUUAUGAAGUAACAGAAAAAGAAAGUGCACCAGUCAUGAAAACCAUAGAUCCAAUACUUUUAACUUCUAAAAGAACAAGUGUUUUCCCAAAAAAAUUGAAUGCUGCUAUUGGAAAUGUUAGGUUGCCCUCUUCCCAGCUGCGUGGGGAUAGAAGAGAAGACAGAGAGAAUCAGAAUGAAUUAUUCCAACAACAAGCCCAGCCUCUUAGGCAAUCCAUGAAACAAGCUCGCCACCAGCCAGCAUCCAUUAAAACUGUGAGUAAAAAACAUGCAGAGUCUCCAGAUGAUAGAAGGAAAAGCUUUUCCACUCAAGAGGAACCUGAUUCUGAAGAAGUUUCAUCUGCUAUGAUAGAGGAGAAAGGGGGAGAGAAUUUGUUUUGGAGGGAUCAGAAAGAUCUUCUUCCUGAAGACAGCAUACCUUCUAGCAGAGUUCAGAAAGUACAGUUCAAAAACCCAUUAUUUGCUGUGAUGGAAGAAGAAAAGCUAAAACAACUGCAGUCUCUUGAGGAUGUUUUCCCACAAACCCAGAAUGAUUUUCCAGAAGCCCAAGGUGAUCUAGUGGAAACCCAGGACUUAACAAGUAUCCAGAGUAUUAAGCCAACAGGUAUCCAGAGUGUUAAGCCGGAUACCCAGGCUACUGAAGAAGCCCAAGGUGAUCUAGUGGAAACCCAGGGCUUACCAGGUAUCCAGAGCGUUAAGCCAGAUACCCAGGCUAUUGAACUGGAAGCUCAAGCUGUUGUGCCGAAAGCCCAGACCACUGAACCUGAAGCACAGGCUGUUAACACAGAUACUCAAGGUAUUAUGCCAGAAGCACGAAGUAGUGAACUAGAAGAUGGGAAUAUUAUGUUGGAAGUCCAGGAUUUUCUACCCCAAAGCUAUACUUUUGUUACUCAAAACCAGAAUUUUGGACCUAGAGACCUGCGUCUUCUUUCCUGUGACCAAACUAUUCUAAUCCCAUGGCAGGACCAGGAUUUUCUCCCUGAAGAUCAGAAUGUAUUUCUUGACCAACAUUGGUGUGUUAUCAAAGAAGAGGGGCCGAGAGAGGAAUCACCUCUGGAGUACCAUCAGUAUGUUAGACCUAAAAUCCUGGACCAAGCCUUUCUUAGAGAAGAGCACAGGAACUAUGGUCCCACCUCUUGUUAUGUGACAAAUGAGAGCUGGAGAAAGGAGUCGUUUCCAGAGUGCCAUGAACAUGUUUUACAUGCAAUGCAGGACCCAUGCUCUGCCAGAGAACAGAAUUUACGCCUCAGGCAGCAGCAACCAUCUGUUGUAAAAGUUGAAAGAUGGAGAAAAGAUAUGCUUCUGGAUGGCCAUCAGCCUCUCCCAUCUAAGCACCAGCGAGAGACUUCCCACAGGAGAAAGGUUUAUGAUGAAUAUCAAUCAAGAUUGAACACUAAGUUCCAAAAUCCACUGGCAUUUCAGUCUGGAGUAGAUCAAGAGGAAGCUAAGAAAGAGCGUCAAAAGCAGUACCUGAGAUAUAGACGACUUUUCAUGGAUAUUGAAAGAGAACAAGUAAAAGAAUAUCAAAGGCAAAAAGAACGUAAAAAGAAAAUUGAAAAAAUUAAGAAAAAGAAAGAGCAGCAACGUUAUGCUGAAGAGCAGAGGAUACUAAGGAUGAACUCUCAUAAAGAGCCACCAUCAGGGGAGAAGAUGAGUGAAGUAUUAGCCCAGCUACAACUUGAGGAAAUGAAAGAAGCCAGAGAGAAACAGCAGGAAGAAAAGGAAAACCUACGGUAUGUAGAAGCUUUAAGGGCCCAGAUACAGGAGAAAAUGCAACUGUAUAAUAUUACUUUACCUCCACUGUGCUGCUGUGGUCCUGAGUUUUUGGACACUCAUCCUGACACCUGUGCCAACAAUUGUAUUUUCUAUAAAAACUACAGAGCGUAUACUCGGGCUCUACAGUCAGUCAUCAAUUCCUGUGAUAUUCCUGAGGGGAACUCAGCUCUUCGAGUAGCCAUUCAUAAUUCUGCUUCAGCAUGCAGACAGACUUUGAAAAAUCUGUAAUAAGAAUCUGAAAUCAACUGUUAGUAUUUCACCUUUCCUUAAAAUCAACCCUGAGAGACUAUUUAAGAAAAGCUGUUGAAGUGUUUAAAUGUAAUCUGAAAAGGACUGUCCCAAACAACAACCCUAUCAGCAAUGAGACGGUAGCCACUGUUUCAGCCGCACCUUGGGACCAGCACAGAAAGCUGAUUUACAAGCUUACCUCUUUUUUGUGGUAAAUGAUAUGGAACCUGUUGUUUUAAAGUUAGCAAUUCAGGAAGUUCUCUCUUAUUUUAACUCUGCUCUGAUAAAAAGAAAAGAUCAUGAGAAAUCUUUUAGAUUAUCUCAUCAUCUUUAUAAAGCUGUGUCUUUGAGUCUUAACAAAAUUGAAAAUGUCUGGGUAAUGCUGAAAAGAAAAUGGUGAAGCAAAAUGAGUUUUAAGCAUUGGUGUCUUGUCUAUUGCUAUUAGCUUUUCUAGUUGUUUGUAACAGUGAGAGAGAAUCUGAAUUUGAUGCCUAUUUUUUCUCCUGUUUUUAAAAUUUUAAUUAACUUUUAAAAUUUAUUGCCCUUUCCAUGGUCAGUGACAUUGGACAUACAACUUUUUGAUUUUCUAAAUUUUUUAUGCAAAAAAGGGUAGAUUUUAUCUUCUGUUUACAGUAAUUGUGACGUUUCAAAGGUAAAUCUGAACUCUAAAGACCUGCCUUAUUUCUCUGUCUUUUAAAAACCUGGUGAAUGGUAUAUCUAAAGAGCAGAUGAAAUAAAAUUUACUGUAAUUAU